AUGCCGCGCAGGAUACUCAUCGGCUUCGGUGUCGACGUCGACGCCGUCGCAGGAUGGCUUGGCUCUUACGGUGGCCAAGACUCGCCGCUCGACAUUUCCCGCGGCCUGUACGCCGGCGAGGUCGGCGUGCCCCGCCUCCUCAACCUCUUCAAAAAGUACAACAUGAAGACGACCUGGUUCAUUCCCGGACACAGCCUGGAGACCUUCCCCGACCAGAUGGCCGCCGUGCGCGACGCCGGACACGAGAUCGGCCUGCACGGCUAUUCGCACGAGAACCCGAUCGCCAUGUCGCUCGCGCAGCAAAAGGACAUCCUCGACCACACGUACAAGCUGCUCACCGACUUCUGCGGCGGGGUCCCGCCCAAGGGCAGCGUCGCGCCCUGGUGGGAGACCAGCAGCGAGGGCAGCGAGCUCCUCCUCGACAAGGGCAUUCAGUAUGACCACUCGAACAUGGCGCACGACUCGCAGGCGUACUACCUGCGCGACCAGGACACGUGGACGAAGAUCGACUACAGCGCGCAGGCGCACACCUGGAUGAAGCCGCUCGUGCGCGGCAAGCCCACGGGGCUCGUCGAGCUGCCCGGGAACUGGUACCUGGACGACCUGCCGCCGAUGAUGUUCAUCAAGUCGGCGCCAAACUCGCACGGCUGGGUCAACGCACGGGACGUCGAGCAGCUGUGGAAGGACACGUUCACGUACUUGUACAGGGAAGAAGAGAACUUCAUCUUUCCGAUCACGAUCCACCCCGACGUCAGCGGGCGCCCGCACGUGCUGCUCAUGCUGGAACGCUUCAUCGAGUGGGUGGACACGCACGCGGACGUGCACUGGGUGUGUAUGGCGGACAUGGCGCGCGAGUUCCGCGAGAAGAACCCGCCGCCGGCGGGCGCGCGGAUGCCGCGGGGCAUGCAGGCGGCAUGA